UUAAAAUUAAUAAAUAAUUAUUAAUCCCAGUAAGAUCUUUAACACCUGACAAACGAAGCAAAAAGGAAAAUACCAGAAAAAAAUUAUUAUUUCUACUACUUUUAGCCCCUCUGUACGUGCUCAUCUCUACCCAGAGACAGGGAUGUUAACGGCAACGCCUCCCAUUCGCUGAACGCCAUCCCUGGUCUGAUAAAGGCACGAAGAAGCGGCACAAAAGAGAAACCGAGUAAUGCAGGCGGCGUCGCUUUUCUUUUGAUUGGAAAACUACGAAGCGGAGUAGAAAGCGUGUGCAACGUGUAAAAGUGGAGCGCACGCACCGAGCUGGCCUCGUGGCUUAUCAUCUGUAAAUAGAGCGAAAACAUGGCCACAACUUUUGCAGGUUCGAAGUUCUCCACCAAACAUGUUCUAGUUGACGACGAUGACGAGGGGGAGGAGGAGCAGACGGAGGAGGAAGAAGACUCCGGAAAGUCUGGUUCGACGAGCUCGUUCAGCCUGCAGGAGUGCAUCGACGAGUUCCGGGCACGUCGCACCCGCCGGGUGUCCACACACAGUCGCGACUGCGACAACAAUUUGCCAAGGAAUAAUCGGGAGACCCGAACGCGCCGAACUAUGGAUGCGGACCUAAUCAACCAGAAUCGCUGCAACAAGGAGCAGGAGCGCAAGGGCAAGCCCUGCCAAAACGGCUUCUGCUAUUGCUUCACCAGCGACAGUGGCGACUGCGGUUCCACGGCUCCGCCACGUGACCAGCACGUGCGCCUGCCCCGGCGCAGCAGGCGGUCCGAGAGCAGCAAGGCCACCAAGCAGAACAAUCUGGGCAGCCAGGAGAAGCAGCAGGCGGAGAAACGACGUCUAAGCGAGCCGGCCAAUGUGAAAUCCUCGCAAACGUCUCCUCUCACUGCUGUCAGUAGCCUGCGAGCCGUGGCCGGCGACGGUGAGCCGCUUAUCCACAUCAUUCAGGAACUGCGCGACAAUUGUGUGGUGUCCGAGGUGCGCGUAAACAGGCAAAAGCUACCAGUGGCAAGUAGCACCAGCUGCAGACACAGGAACUCACAAUCACAGAGUCUAAAGACAACCACAACGAAGCAACUGAAGUACGAACCCAUAGAGUACAAACCCACCGCUCCUGUUCUCUCCAACAUCAGUGAGCAGGAGUCGGCUGUGGAAGAGGAGCACGAGAAGGAGAUGUUGUUUGCAGAGCAAGAGAAGGAACUGUUGUCCGCAGAGCCUUCGAGUCGCAGAAGCUCUCGCUCUCGGCGCAGUUCCGGUGGUGGUGGGCGUCUUCUGCAGAAACGCCUCUCCCUAAGUGAAGCCAAGUACAAACCUCGUGAAAGCCAAAAGCCUCCGCCGCCAAAGCCACCAAGGUGCAGCUCCCACAGUCUCACAGACGGAACCUCGCUGACCUCCACGAAUCCCUCUGUGCGGGAAGCAGAGCGAGUGCUGGACGAGUUUCUGCGCAAGCGAGGCGUCUGUGUGCCGGUCAGUAAUCCUACCAAGUCAUCGCGAUCGAAGGAGAGUCAGCGCAGAUCAUAUCCCAUGGCCGAGGUGGAGAAACCCAAGAGAAGUCCCAACAAACAGCAUCUGCCGACUUGCCCUUCGUUGAGCGACAUUGAGCGCGUAGUAGAGUCCAAGCGCGGUUCGCAUUAUGCCCGGAAUAUCCGACAGGAGACGGGCAUCAACAGCCGGAAAAGUGACCCCUCUAAGCAGAUCAUACUCGGUUGGACAGAGCCCAAGAUCACCGACAUGCUCAACUACGAAGGCAAGCAGAAGGCCAAAGACUUUAAGACACACGCCGCCCCAGCUGAGCCACAAGUGGCCAUCGGUUGGCAAAUGCCGCAGCCAGUGGUUCCCAAAAUCUCCCUGGACACUGUGGACGGAAGCAUGAGCGAGAAUCUCGCCGUGAAUAUGGAAUACAAGGAUACGCCCAUUAAGUAUCCCAGGGGAAUCAAGACAACUGGCGGGCAGGCCAGCCAGAAGUUUAUCUGGGGCGAACAGUGGCGCAAUCUUUCACCCUGGAAGGGCAACAAGUCCAAGAAGUUGGGCUCCAAAUCUAAGAACUUUCUCAAUAACUCCAAGAACAAGAUACUCCGCUUUGUUUCGCCCAAGAAAUCGAAUCAGCAGGAGGAGCAAAACCGAUUAGAACCUCCCAAGCUAUGCACUGUUGGCGUGCAGACCUCCACCUCGCAGCUGGAUCUACAAUCGCAAUCGCCGCCUGGUAGCUACCAUUCUCCCAUGCAGACGACGCCUUCCGGCACAACCACAUCCACUCGCCAGCAGCCUUACUUUGAUUUCGAGCGCAAAGUGCAGGCUCCGACGCCGCCAAAGAAGAUACCACGUGCCAAUAGAGCUCGCAAGCUGGAUUUCCAAGCAGAACCAACGGCGGCCACCUAUCGUUCGUAUCAGAAGGAUCUCGACCACGAUGUGACCAUCAACAAGAUGGGCUACUUGCUGAGCAGCAUUCGGGCCAAGCUGGAGGCCAGCGACGAGCGUGCAUUGAGAACAUUUCGGGACUGCUCUCGUUCUGAUCCCAUUACUAGCUUCGAUUGCACUGAUGGACCAACCAGCAGCCUGGCCACCACAUCGGUGCGGUUGACCAGUUGCCAACGUGUCGAUAGCGAGCCCAUUUACUCGGAGAUCGAGGAAGAUUGCUUGCGGAUCAGGGGUCCCCAUCACGAGGUCAGGACUGCAGCACAUCUGAUCAAUCCCACGACCACCUCCACACCCAGCUCAACGACCUAUGUGAGUGAAAGCACCGCAGUGCAAUCGCCAUCACCCGCUGAUCUCAGUGGCAUGUACGCCCGAGUGCAAAAGACGCCUAAGAAUUCGCCUCAGCCAAAGACUCAGGUUGUGCAGAGCGAAGAUGAUGUGGGUAAGGGGAUUCAGCAACAGAUGGUACAACCUAAAGCCCAAAUAGUGCAACCUAUGGUAACGCCAAAGCCAACCCAGCAAGCAACUACUGCUGCUCCAAAGGCACCCUUGGCCUUGGGUCACUUCCUACACGAAUCCCUGAAAAACGGCAACUUCUUUCAAUUCAUGCCGCUGCCCGAGGAGCCAGGCAGUAGCUCCGAGACCUCCUGCUCGGCCAGCCGAAGCACUGGAUCAUCGGUUGUUCGUCAGCCCCAGCUAAAGUCACCAGCGCCACUCACCCAUCAUUCUUUAAACAACAUCAGUGAGAAGGAUUCGCCGCCAAAGAAGAAUAGGAAUCUCUCUCGAUCAGAACUCUCGCUGCAGCGCAGUGAGAUCUUCCUGGACAACCUGUGUCGCAGUGAACUUGUGCUAGAUCGCCUAGAGAAGGUGCCCAAUACCUCUUCUCAUGUGGAUUCCGUGUCCUAUGACCUGCCCCAUGAAGGCGUCGAAGAGCUGUAUGCGGACUACAGCAGCUCUUCAUUCGUGACCAAUGACUAUGGAUCGGGUCAGAUAGAACCGGAGCCGGAGAACCAGAGUACACCGAAAAAGAGGCAACAGCAACAGCAGCAGCAUAAUCAGCGAUUCACAACCAAGCCCGCCGGCAAUCUGAGCAUUGAUAUUAACGAUGGCCCAGCCACGCCGCUGCGUCAGAAUCUCAGCUUCAGCUGCCCCACAACGCCCCAGCAGGCGGAGCAGCAGCCGACUGGUCUCCACAACAGCUCCAGCCUGGGUGAACUACCCAAUAACACCUGCGAGAGCCAACUGAUGUCGGUUAGCGCUUUGGCCCGUUACCGCCUGUUGAAGGAUGCUCUUCGCCGAUCGUAUCGCAAGGGCAAGGACUUCAUAAAAAGCGAAAAGCAGCGACUGGCGCAGAGCCUGAAUUUGUCGCGGGAUCAGUCUAAUUCGGGGGAGUGUGACAGUAGCACAUACUAUGCCAGCUUCAAUUUGGAUUCCCUGCUGAACGAGUCGCUGAGCACCAGCGAACAGCUUGCCCAGGCUGUAAGUAUUUGCCGCCAGAUGCCGGAGCUGGAGAUCUCCUCAGAGAUGGUGGAGGCGGAGCGACUUCUGCUCUUCUCCAGUCUGCGCAAGGCAGCUCCGCUCAAUGAGGAUUGUGCUCCGUUAGCUGGGCGAUCCCAGUGCCUUUUAAUCGAUGCCAUGGAGUUGCCUGUAAGGGCCGAUGUAAGCCUGGAUAUGUUCUUCAACUACCACUUUAUCUGCACCUUUGAGAGUGGCGGUGUGAUCCGGUCCACGCAGUCGGUGGAGUGCCAGAAUGGCUCUGCCUUCUUCCGGGACUGUGGCCUGGAGUUCUACAGCGAUGAGAGGUCUGAUUCCCUGGAGCUGCGCUGUCAGAUCUUCAUGCUGCGUCUGCGUAAGGUCUCCACCCUUUCCCUGGAGCCAGCCAAGUCUCUGCGACGUGGCAGUGGGAAUCUGGGUUCCUCCAACUCCAAUUCUUCAUCGGGAUCUGCUGGGACAGAGAAUAUCAUUUCCCGCUUUCGGCUGCACGCCUCAUUCACUGUGAGAGCCAUGGAUCUGGCACCUUUUGAACUGGUGGCCAGUGAAACGAGAUCCGGUGACAAGAUUUGCCUGCGCAGCUCGAGAUCCUGGCAAUUUCCCCUAAGUCCGCACUUCAAAUCCACUAAUCUGGGACCAGGUAUAUCCAUCACAGGGAGGGUAGACCUAAGGCUUCCUAAGAUCCAUUUUGCGGGCUACCUUAACGUUCAGGAUCCAAAGAGCAGGCAUCAUUGGAAUCGUCGCUGGUGUAGCCUAGAUGGCGUCCUGUUAUCCGUAUGGCAACAUGAGGAUAAUCUCGUCGAUGAAUCGCCGAUUUUCACCAUGGAACUGCCAGGAUGUGGACAAAGUGUCAUAACAGCAGCUCCUCGAGAGCUAUGCGCCCGAGCCAGGAGCUUUCUGGUCCAGGGAAAGCAGUCGGAAUACGAAUCGGGUGUGUUCUUUGCGGCGGAUACUCAAUCGGAGCUGCAAGAAUGGCUAACACACUUGAAUGAGGCUUUGCGUUUUGCCAGGCAUUGGCUAAGUGCCACCUGACAGGUGUUGCAUUCCAUAGAGUUUCUCUAUUCUUUUCCUUUUUUAUUUUAUAUAUGUUUGUGUUAACGUUAUGUAUAUUUAUAUAUUUUGGUAUUCUCCGGGAAUUGUAAAUUAGAAUGUUUGCCAUGCAAACUUGCCGCUAAAAUUCAGUUUAAGUUAAGUUGUAGAAAGAUAUAUCUGUAGACUUAGAUAGCUAACA